AUGCAAGCAGGAGCCACGCUGGGCAGGGACGCCCCCCGCCUUGAACAGCGCUGCACUAAGGUGCAACCCUUUUACCCUUGUACCCUUUCCCAACCACACCUGCCUUCCCCAUGCGGGUGCCCCGCCGUGCUGCAGGAGUUCUGUGCCCGCGGCUCGCUGCUGCAAGCCAUCGACAGCGGCGUGCUCAAGCUGCCCAACGGCGCGCCCAACCUGCCAGCCAUCCUCACCGCCGCCCAGGAGAUUGCCGGCGCGUGCCUGUACCUGCACCGCCACGACAUCGUGCACGGCGACCUCACCCCGGGCAACGUGCUGCUGGCCACCAGCUCCCGGGACGCGCGGCGCUGGGUCUGCAAGGUGGGCGAUUUUGGGCUGGCCCAGAUCAUCCACCCAGAUGCCACCGAAAUCUACAGCUCCUGCUUCGGCACGCUGACGCACGCUGCGCCCGAGCUGGUGGUGGAGGGGAUGCUCACCAAGGCCGCCGACGUCUUUUCCUUUGGCGUCAUCCUGCUGGAGAUGUACAGCAGCAAGCGCGUGUGGCGGGGCUACUCCUUCAUGCAGAUCCUGUCGGCGAUCAGCGAAGGCAAGCUGCCGUUUGUGAUCCCGGCGGACUGCCCCGAGGCGCUGGCGUCGCUGCUGCACCGCUGCCUGCACACCGACCCCAUGCAGCGGCCCACGUUUGACGUGGUGCUGGCAGAGGUGCAGGCCAUGCUGCGCGGUGUGCCGCGGGCCAUGGGUGCUGGCGCCCCGCCCCAGCCCACGUCUGUGAGCGUGCGAGGCCCCUCGUCCCCGGCUGGCCCGCAGCCCGCGCCCAAGCACGAGUCGCCCUUUGCACAGGCGGCCGUCACGAGAGCAGGCAGCGGGCCGCUCAUCACCAUGAGCGAGCCGCAUGCAUAG